GGAAAGGCGAAGGAAUCUUCAAAACAACUCCCGAGGGCAGUUUGAACCAGAAAAAAUGACAGUUCACCUCGGUGAUCAAGACACUACCCAGGAGUCGAAUAGUUCUUUUGAUUCGCUUGGAUCUGUAUCUAAUGGAGCCGAUGGAUCACCUUUGCAGAACAGGUCUGCCACUUUCACCGGUGAGACUUCCUCAAAUUCAUCUGGUGAGGCAGACGGUCUUUCAAGUCUUCAUGCAGGAUCUGACUCCGAAGGAUAUGGACAUAGCGCAGAAGACAACUUCUCGGAAGAAGAUGAGUCAUCAACAACAGACCAUUGUCAAGAAAGGUCAAAAGAUGACGCCUAUUACAUCACCAAUGCAAACUCCGAUUUAGUUGAGAUCUCUUUCACCCGUCGAGGGCCUGGAACCCUUUCCAAACCCAAGGGGACGUCAACAUCAUCACGUCGCAAGAUGAAGAAGAGGCUCAGGUUGGAGGAGAGGAACCCAUUUGGAAGGUCAUGUACGUGUACCAAACGCCACGAUCUUUCAGAGCCAUCAGAUAUCCAAAAGUAUUUUGCUGGGUCAGGGAAAUACUUCCUUAAGGGCACAUCCCUGAGUGGAACUACGGAGCCGUCCGACCAGCCCAGUAAAACCACGAAACUGUCGACUCAUCUGAAUUACUUGAGAAGGAAACAGAAGGAUGUCGGAGAUGAGAAGAGACCCUUCAGAAGGUCAUGCCUCUGUUCAAGACCUGACCACUUCCAAACCAACAGCCUUGGUCUUAAGGUAUCCUGUGGCUCGAAGGGUCCCAAGGUUCCGUAUUACAUCACCAGAGACAGGGUAGGACUGGGAAGGGACUUCGGUCCUGGAAUCGUAGGACGAGUUUGUCAUUCUACCUUGAUAAGCUCGUCGUCUGAUUGCAAGUCUAACGGCCUACAGAAAGAAUCACCUGAUGAGAUCAUCUUAAUGUUCAGCAAUGACUGUCCGAUCACGGUUGACUCAAACGAGGAACUGACAGUGGUUUCAGUAGUGUAA